AUGAAGAAUUGCAAUCCCGCCGAUACUCCAAUUGAGUUUGGUUUGAAGCUAAACAAAGUUGGAAGAGGAGAUAUGGUAGACAACACACUCUACAGGCAAAUUGUAGGUAGUUUGAUGUAUGUUACUGCUACAAGGCCCGACAUCAUGUAUGCUGUAAGUCUUAAAAGCAGGUAUAUGGACAGCCCUGCAGAAAGUCAUUUGCUAGCUGCCAAGAGAAUCCUUCGCUACUUACAAGGAACUAAGGAUUUUGGUUUGUUCUACAAGAAGGGUGAAAAAUAUGUUUUGAUUGAUUUUGCUGAUAGAGAUUAUGCAGGAGAUCAAGACGAUAGAAAGAGCACUUCAGGCUAUGUUUUUGUGCUAGGUACAGGGGCUGUUUCAUGGUUUCUAGAAAGAAAAAAAUUGUCACUUUAUCGACUACUAAAGCGAAAUUUGUUGCAGCUACAACUUAUGCUUUUCAAGUUGUUUGGUUGA